GAUCAAAACAAAUGUCCAGUUUUAGUUGAUUAAAAGUAAAUAAAAUGACUAGUUGCUUGUCCAAGGGACUUUUCUUUUUGCUAUAUACUAUCGUGUUUGUUUCGUGUGGAGUCUUUAGUUUCGCUUCGCAGAAUGGGACUGAGGAUAUUCACUCGUCGACAGGCGCUCCAACUUUGGAAAUGGUCCGUGAGGUCAUUGAGUUGGCAGUACCGGUGCAUAAGAAGAUGAACGAUAUCAAUGACUACCGGGAAAUUAUACUACCACCUUAUUCGAAUACACGCAUCGCAUUGUCGAACUAUUCCCGAAACGCUGGUGAAAACGUCGGCUAUGCGCUGGUGCAAUUGCAUGCAUUCGAGUUCAAUGUCACACUUAGCUACAACAGCACUAUCGUGGAUGGUGGACAUCUUACGGGCCAAAAUAUUGGUCUGUUGCUGUACGGUGAUGGCGAUCUGUACGCACUGAAUCUUAAUCCCAAGCAGCCGGUGUGGGUUGCGCUCGUACUGAUGCUGUACAACCAAUCCGCCCCGGUGCCGGGAGGAUGCAACUUGGAGUUUCCGGUCGAAGUGUCUCCCAUCCUGAAUGUAACGCUCACCUCGGAAGUCAUUAUCGUCGACACGCCGGCGGCAUCGGUUGCUCACCAGUUCCGUAACGGCCCGAAUGGUUGCGGUAAGGCACGGUUGCAGUACGAAUCGUACUACAUCCAAAUGCCGGCGCACGACUUUUCGCAGCGGUCGUACUUCGGCGCCAUACGUUCGCUCAUCAGCUACGCAAAUGCCAAUUCUUCCGGACGGCAGAACUCGCUACACGCCCCGUUACAAAUCAACCGGCACGAGUAUGGGCGCUUGAACGGACGUGGGAUGGUGUUUGUAACGGCCGUUAUUGACCCGGUGCAUCGGGGCUUUUCGCUGUACGUUCCGGCACACACCUACUCCUGCCAGCCAUUCAUCAAUGAGGCGGAAUGCUAUGGUCUUAAUAUUCCACUUCGCGUUUUUGCGGUCAUCUUGACUAUUUUCGCUGUCGUGGAGAUUGUCGUCGGUUGGAUUCCGUCGGUUGUCAAGUGUCCCAUAUGCAUGGCAUGUAUGAGUGUCCUGUUGUCGAUUGAAUACUUAGAUUGGCUCGGAAAACCACUCCCUCCUCAAACAAUCAUCACGUGCCUGGUAGCAAUGGCAAUUGUUGGAUUGUUGUUCGGGGUGUUGUUUUCAUUCCUUGCACCAAUUACGGGGAGGGUUAUAUGCUCGUUCUUGACUGGCUACCUUAUCUUACAAACAAUGUUCGGGCUGAUUGAUGGAAACUUCUAUAACAUGCCAAACAUUUCCCUGUAUAUCGUACUGGGAGCAACACUGAUCGGGCUCGCCCUUAGCAUCAUGCUACCGAUCGUCCUCAUCACGCGCUCAGUCAUACUGGGUGCGAUCUGCAUGUUCUACACCAUUAACACGAUCUUCGGUGCCCAGCUGGACUACCCACUGCGCCACUCGGUACGUCGACUGUACGUGGAAAACUAUCGGUACGUUCACGCCGAUCCAUCGCUGGACGGGAAUGACGCCGUGGCGCUGGCGACUUUCGUCUUCACCAUGGUGGUUUGCCUGUUUCUGCGCUCACGCUACCAAUCGGAUGAGGUACAGGGUGACUACUCGCGCAUCGAAAUUCCCUGCCACGGUUUGGCCAGGCGGCGCCACGAUGAUGACGAGGAUCGGAUCGAACGGAGCACGGUCAUUGCGGCAGACGAUACGGCGGCCUACCAGCGAUUCGUGAACGAGCAAACGGUCAUUACGCGGUGGACCAGCGGCGACGAUGAUGUGUUCGAGUCGCCGCAAACAAACUCCCGGUUCUUCCGAGUCUUGCGACGCACAGCAAGGUCAUAAACUUUCUUGAUGUUUAUAUUCUUGGUCUCCUAUAGACCUUUCAUAUAUUAUUCUCAUGGAAUAUGCUUGGAAACCAAAAGAAUGCUAUACUGUGUGCACAGCAAAUUGGCGAUAAAAAUUGUUGAUAGUAUUUAAUCAUUAGAUUUGAUGAUCAUCCGCUAUCUUUCAGCAAAUCUCAACAGGUUCUACAUUGGAGGCAUCAUACGAAAGUCUGAAAUUUUAGUAGUUACUAUAUGUAUACAGAUAUUGAUAAGAUUGAAAGAAGAUCUAAAAAUAUUGGAAUGCAAACUAUAUUCCGUAAUAAAA